UCAAGAGUCACCCACCCCAUCAAUUUCCAUUCCCUCCCUCCCUUUCCAUUCCCUCCCCAACCCUCCCCGCCAUUUUAUAUACCAACAAACAGAAUCGCCUCCUACAAUCAUCAUCUUCUUCUUCCUCGGUGGGGUUGGGCGGCGCUCCAUGAUGGUGGGGGAGCCAUGAGUUGCCCAUGCCGCUCACUCUUCCGGACCACACCGCUGCCGCUUGCUGCGACCUUCUGUGCAGCGAGGACGCCAGCCAGCUCGCCGAGGGCACGCUGUGUGAGGGCGGCGCCGUGGCCGCUGCUUCGCCUCCGGUAGAGUUCCCCGACGACUCGGACGAGUCCAUCGCCGGGUUCAUCGAGUGCGCCGCUGACUACUCGCCCGGCCGCGACUACCCUGACCGAUUCCGGUCCAACUCGCUCGACUCCGCCGCGCGCGAAGAAGCCGUCGCCUGGAUCCUCAGGGUGCAGGCAUACUACUGCUUCCGUCCGCUGACGGCGUAUCUUGCCGUAAACUACAUGGAUCGUGUCCUCUCUUCUCAUCGUUUACCGCAAAAUGAAUGGGCAUUGCAACUUUUAUCUGUGGCAUGCCUCUCUCUGGCUGCCAAGAUGGAUGAAACAAUUCUUCCAUCUUUGUUAGACUUGCAGGUUGAGCGUGCGAAGUUUAUUUUUGAGCCUCGAACAAUUAUCAGAAUGGAGCUUCUUGUGCUGACUGCAUUGAAUUGGAGGCUCCGAUCUGUCACACCUUUCACUUUCAUUAGCUUCUUUGUUCACAAGAUCGACUCAGUAGGAAAAUAUGCGCAAUAUUUGGUUGCGCUGGCCACUGAAAUUACACUUGCAACGAUGAAAGAUGUAAGGUUCCUGAGUCACUGCCCAUCAUCACUUGCCGCUGCAGCCAUAAUCCGCUCAACUGAUGAGAUUGUGGGUCUGGAUUCUAUUAACCCUGAAGCUGCAGCUUCUUGGUGCGCUGGAUUGACAGAGGAGGGGAUUGCCAAUUGCUAUCGGUCAAUGGAGAAUGUUAUCACCAAUAUCUCAAAGAGACCUUCUAUGAUACUCUCAAACCUUAGAGUAGCCACUUCAAUUGACAUGGGACAAAGGAUCCCUUCCUCUUCUUCUUCACCUAACAAAAGAAGGAAACUGAACAACAAUUGCUCAUCAGUGGAUAGUGGGAAGGAGGGCUUAUAGAAACCAUAUAUAUCUAUAUAUACUGCCCCUUUUUUGGUUAAGGCUUUAGGAAGUAAGACCAGAUGCUUCUUUGGGAGUUGCAGAUUCCUCAUCAUUUUUCAAAGUGAGGGGAUGUUAGCCAAGUGAUUAGGAUACUGGUCUGCAACAAUGUGCCUAAUCAACAAUGUGCCUAAUCAGCAGCUAGAGUGGGAGGACAUUUUUUUUUUUCCUGUUCUUGAAGUUCUUUAAUUUAUGGCACCUUGCUAUUGAUUCAGAAUGCAAUAGCAAAGUGUUUGAGAUCCUCAAUGGAGGGGGAUCUGCCAUUGUGGUAAAGUAGUUGUUCUUGCUUGUGUUGUUUGUGGGAAUUAUUAAAGUCAAGUCUGAGUUAAUUGUCGAAGGGAGGCGAGCAACUGGUGGGUCUCCUUUUACAGCCACAGUAAAGAGGGGAUGCCAUUAACAAAGCUGGCUGGCAACAUGAUCGAUUCUGUUUUCCUUCGAUAUACAUAAAACUGUGUGAUUGUAAGCAUCAUGCAUGAAUUAUUGAAGCAUGCAUGUCCACCUGGAGAAAGAUGCCUAUUCAUCCAACUUCAGACUGAGGUCUAUGGCCAAGGCCACUAUUUGUCUUGUACAUAGGUUAAUAAGGCCUUUUCAAUGUCGAGUUAAUCUUAUUCAAUAAAAAAGGAUGCUUCUCUUAUGGACA